AUCGUCAGAUCAUCAACCUAUCCAAAAUCAACAACACUUUGAGUUACUUACUUGGUACAGGAAUGUCGCAGUUGGUGGACAAAGCUAAGAACUUCGUGGUGGAGAAGAUGGCCAACAUAAAGAAGCCAGAAGCCGAUGUUACAGACGUUGAUCUGAAACAAGUGAGCCGAGAGAACAUCGAGUAUCUGGCUAAAGUCUCCGUCAACAACCCCUACAGCCAUUCUAUCCCCAUUUGCGAGAUCUCUUACACUUUGAGAAGUGCUGGAAGAGACAUAGCAUCGGGGACAAUACCGGACCCGGGGUCGUUGAAAGCCGACGACACGACGAUGCUGGACGUUGGGAUGAAGGUGCCGUAUAACAUAUUGGUAAGCUUGGCAAAGGAUAUUGGUGGAGAUUGGGAUAUUGACUAUGAAUUGGCGGUUGGUCUUACUAUUGAUCUUCCCAUCAUAGGGAACUACACUAUCCCUCUUUAUAAGAAAGGAGAGAUCAAGCUUCCUACUCUUAGUGACAUCUUUUGAAUUAAACUAAUUAUCACGUAUCUCUCUCUCUCUC